AUGGCUUUGGAUAAUCAUAAUAAUGCGUUCAUGUGUAAGGUUUUCCCGACUAGUUUAACGGGAGCCGCAUUGGAAUGGUUCAAGAAUAGGCCAUACAAAUCCAUCCCAAACUAUGAAACUUUGUGCGCUAUGUUCUUAGCACAAUACUGUGGAAACAAGAAGCAGAAGAAAACCAUCUUUAUGUACUUCACCAUAAGGCAAAAGAGAGGAGAAACGCUACAGGAUUACCUAUCUAGAUUUAACAUGGAGGCCUCGGAAAUAGCAAAUUGUCAUCCUGAGGCUGCAAUAGAAACAUUCAACAUCAGUAUGAUUCAGGGAACCAAGUUCCAUACCUCCCUAGUCAAAUAUUCCCCUCCGGACAUGCAAACUCUCAAUGCUAGGGCACAAGUCUACAUUCGACUUGAGAAGAAUGCAGCCCAUCGAGCGCAACACGCCACCCUUGUCACGGUAGAAAAUAAGCUUCGGGAGAAAGCUUCGAGUGCAAAAAGUCAAAGAAACCAGCACGCUACAACACCAGUUGCCCAGGUACCCGAGAAGAGGCAAGGACAGAGGAGAGGUUCACCCCCUUUGUACAACCCUGGAUCGGUUAUUCUAAGAAAAUAA